AUGACCACGCCCCAAAAGGAAAAGAUGUUUCUCACCCAUCCUCAGUCAUUCAAACCACGGUUUGGAUGGGGAAUGACUUUCUGCCUCUCAAAACCAAAAGGCAAGGAGGAGUGUGCUUCCAUUUCCGGUGUGCCUCCCAUCUCCCACUUCGGCCCCCAGCGUUGCACACGGCUCAAGAGCAGGUAUCUGAAAAAGGCUGCUGCAAACCUGUCGUUCUCUGCAGAGGUGAUGUGGCAGCGAGGGCUGCCCAGCAUGCCUUACAGCCAGUACAGCUUUGACCACCUCUACAACACAAAUGACAUCGUCCAGCCUCCCUGCAUCAGGAAGGCCCAAGCUGAGAAACCUGUCAGCUUCAGGCUCCGGCAUCCUUCAGGACCCGUAGCAGGAGACACCUCCCAGGCUGACAAGACAAAAAGCUGCGCCCAUUUUGAAAAGAAACAAAAGAAGCCUAAGCCAGAAAGCGUGGUCCAGGAACCAUCUCACUCUCACAUACCAUCUCCCAAAAAGAAUCCAGGUAUGCUGGAUCUGCCGUGUUCUCCAGAUGUAGAAAGGGAAAUCUGGCUUCCACCUUCUGAGAGGGAGGCCAGGGCCUGGGAGGCCAUUGUGCUGGAGAAGCUGAACAAGCGCACAGCCCGCUGGAUCCAGAACAAGCGUCUUGUGAGGUCCGGAGUAUCACCCAACAAGUGGCAAAGCUUCUUGCGCCAGCAGUAUGACUGGAGCCACAUCCGGGACGAGCUCACCUCAGCCAGCGACCUGGAGCUCCUAAAACAGCUGGAAGCAGAAGAGGAAGCAGAGUUUGAGGAUCAAAGUAUCACCCUGCCUCCCCAGAAAGAAAAAGAGCCAGAACUCCUCCUUCCCGUUUACUACAGACUGCCCAGCUACUCCCCACAAGUACAGACAGUUGAAACCAUGCCAUGCAAGAACACAACAGCUGAGGAUAUCAAGGAAAAGAAAAGUACCUUCCAGCCCCCAAAGCAGAGCUGCUUCCGACAGGUGAAUCUUCGAGUUGGAAAGACUGCUUACUCCACAGACAACAUCUUUGAACAGGAGAUUUACUUUGAUAGAGUCCAGAUCAUCCACCACAUUGGUGAGAAGAGAAGCCGUAUUUUCCUGGAAAACCUCAAUCAGUACAACAAGCAUCUAUCUAAGAUCUUCCCUGAAACUCCAGAAAAAUGGAAUUUCCAGCCUGUCCCUGAAGCAGCUUAUAGGCCUGUGAAAGGAGCCGUACGCUGGACUGCUCUGCCCACACCAGUCAAGGAUCUACUGCUGCAGGUGGGUGAGGAAGAUGUUCCCAUUAAGACCAGGAAAUCCAAGAAGCCUGCAAAAUCACUGACAGAGGAUGUGACUUGGGAACUGUUGGUCCUGCGGAGGAUGCUGCAGGAAUGGAAGACUGCCUGGGGUCUGAUAAUCGAGUGGCAUCAUGAGACAGUACAGAGUCUGAUGCGUGGCUUGGAAGACAUGCAUGAUCACAUUCGGAUCCAAGCUAUCAUCACUUGUGCCACUGCUGCUCUGGAACGCCCCCGGAUUGCCACCAGUCCAAGCGACUCGGACCAAGAGGCCGUGAAAACUCCAUUAAUCCAGGAAUUGCCAGAGGCUCUACAGCCUUCUCUGGAAGCUGCUCUGUGUGACAAGAAUGUCAAUGUAAGGAUGGCAGCAGCACUAUGCCAAUAUGCCGCACAGUCACAUAACAUCCUUGCCCGGGAAAUUAUGGAGACAGCUCUUGUGAAUGGUAAUAGUGUGGACAGCUGGGCCGCUGCUCAGUGCUUGGCUGUUGAAGGUAUUGCCACUUAUCCAGUGAUUAAGAGGAUCCUCCAUCAGCUGUUUAACAAGAAGAAUGAGGACACUGAGAACCACUCUUGUGUCCUCCUGCGCCAUCUCAGCGGAAAGACAACCCUGAUACAUACCAUGCUUGCUGUGGAGCUGAACAGCCAUCAAUGGAAGGAUCGGACUGUGGCCUGCCGAGUCUUCUCCAAGAUCAGUGGAAAUGUCUGUUUAGACAUGAAACACAAGUUGAUCCAGCUAAUGUGGGAUGACUGGAAUAAGGAAGUGAGGCAAGCAGCUGCCUGCGCACUAGGGCAAAUGAGCCUUGGGAAAGAAGUACAUGAUGCAAUUAGGGUUAAGCUGGUUGCAGGAAAUGCCCAGGAGCGGGUGAAAGCACUCUCCCUGAUAGGUGGGCUCAAGCUCAUGACUGCCAAGCUUCUCCCAGGCUUCCUGCACUGCUUCUCUGAUGAGUUCGUAGCAGUUCGGCAAGCAGCCUGUUCGGCAGCAGGUGCCCUGCAGAUCCGUAACAAGAUGGUGCUUGAAUGCCUCCUGACUCUGAUGCAGACAGAUCCUUUUUGGAAAAUCAAAGCUUUUGCCAUUCGAGCUUUGGGACAGAUUGGGGAAGUGAAUCCCCAAGUGGCUGAUCUCCUGCUCUGGGCUGUCCACUAUGAAGAAUCGCCAGGUGUACGAGUGGAAGCUUGCCGUAGCAUCCUGGCCCUCAAACUUCAAGGGGACAGGGUCAGAGACACCUUCCUAGAUGUACUUCUUCUGGAGAACCAUGAUGCUGUUCUAAAGGAAAUUAACCAGGCAAUGAAGAUACUCAACUUAGGAAAUGAAGAAUACCAAGAAAUGGUCCAGGAGGUCAAGAACAGAAUUGAAAAACUAAACCAAAAGGACUUGCUGACGCAGAAAAUAUUCAAGAUAGAGAGAGUCAUAAGAGAAGUGAAAGAAGCAGCAAAACGUGUUUACUCACAACCCAAAGAGGGGCAAAAACCAUUGAAACUCCACACUUUUCUCCAAAAAACUUUUCAGGAUGAGGUGGCUCUUCCCAGAAGACCGUCUGAGACUUGUGACAUUGAAGAAGUCAUAAAGCCUAUGAAGCCACGUACACCGAAUCCCUGGUUACAAAGUCCAAUCCUAGAUCUAAACACACAAAGCAGACGUCACUUGUCACUUGUCAAAGAUCUACGCACUGCUCGGGAAAAAAGGAUUGCUAUGGGGCCAUUUGAAUCGCUCACCUCAGGUCUUUAGCUGAGUAAAUAACUCAGAAGAUUUUUCCCAACAUCAAGGCUUCUCUCUCUGAAAGGAAAGGUACUCAUCUCUAGGAUGAAUGCUGCUCUUGUUCCAAGAUACAGGCAGAGUGGACCAGGUCUGUUUUGUCUCUUCAUUGAUUCUGUACAAUCUUGUCACUGUUUAUAAAGAAAAAUUAUGUAACUGUGGA